ACAUUUCCAGUCUUCCAGUUUGAACUGCCAGCUUGGGGAAUCUAACCCCGGGUCCCACCUUGUAACAAACUUAGCAACUGCUCAGCAUCGUCCCUGCAAAUACCCGUGCCGCCUCGCCAAUUUGGCAAGCCUUUACGCUUUCAAACGAGAACGACGAGGGAGAGCGAGAGCAAGAGCAAGAGACGAGCGAUCGAGAGGAGAAUACGGAAGAGUCAGGGGAGCGAAGGAACGAUGGCCGACACCAGCUAUUGGGAGUGGAUGGGCAUCGAAGUCUGCGCCGUCGCCGAGCUCAUCGUCUCCUUUGCCAUCGUCACCACUGUCCCGUGCCUCGUCUUCUAUUUCGGGUACAACUCCGUCUUGCAGUGGUGGGAAUCGCCACGGUUCCGCAUCUUGAGGCUCGGCGGCGUCACCACCCUGAGGCAGAAGCUGAACUACCACUGCACCCUGUGCCAAGGCAGCAUGGAGGCCGGCGAGAAUGUCCGCAAGCUCUCCUGCAACCACGUGUUCCACUGCGACAGCAGCGUCAAGUGCGAGGGCGUCGACCAACGGCUUUGCACUACACCGAUGACGCCCUGGAACUGCCCGAUCUGUGACCAGGUUCUCCAUCCCGUGCUGCCGUGGAAACGGACACCGCCACCGUCGCCACCACCUCCACAAAAAGCAUCGGCGGCAGCGCAACAACAGUUGCCGCGGAAGUCGUCGUCGACGCGGGAUUUGGAGGACCCACUGCUUCCGAGGCACGGCGAGAAACGGACGCCGAGGCCGCUUCAGUUCCGGUGGACAGCGAGAUAGUAGAGGAGGCGCCUUCAUCGCAGUCGACACGCGCGUGAUCAAGCUUGGAUAGGACGCUGUUGACACGUCCUGUGGGCCGGUCUGGAACUGGAUCAGUUCUCGCAGAGGUUCUUCAAGGAUUCUUUCGUCAUUUCUUUUUCUGCAUUCUUUGGAACUGAUCGAGGGUAGUGCGUCUUUCUGAUGAUCGGUGUUCAGCUUUUGCUUCCUUCGAACUCAUCGAGCUUAGUUGCGUUCCUGUUCUUUUGUUCAGACUACCUUAACGAACCAAAAUGUCUGAAUGCCAAGAAACGAUGACUUGUUAGUCCUAGGAUCAGCUAUAAUGUUCCAACAAAAGCUAAUAGAUCCUUGGUUAAUUGCUAUUAUACUCUGUUCAAUUC